AAGCUUUAAAAUGUUCCACAGUGACUGACGUGGUAUGAUAAGAGUGGAUCGUGGAUAUUAAACGAAGCGGUCACACCGUGGCCAGUUCUACGUAAAUGGAUUGCAGGUGGUGAAGAAUUGAUUAUUUCACAAAGAUUUUAAUAUUUUUUUCUACAUUUUUGGUGACGAAAUUAAUUAAACUCUAUUAAAAUGGUGUUGUUAACAAUGAUUGCAAGGAUAAUAGAUGGUUUACCAUUAGCAGCAACCAUGCAAGAAGAUGAACAGACAGGAAGAAGUAUUUUGGAAUAUCAAAAUCAAGCGAAAAUGUUAUUUAGAAGAUUAGGACCUCAGUCUCCAACUAGAUGUACUAUAGAAACAGGUCCAUAUUUAUUCCAUUAUUUAAUUGAAAAUGAUGUAUGCUAUUUGGUAUUGUGUGAAAAGAAUUAUAGUAAACGGAUUGCAUAUAGUUAUCUUGAAGACAUAGCACAAGAAUUUCAUUCAUUAUAUGGUAGACGUGUUAAUUCAGUUACUAGGCCCUAUAGUUUUAUUGAAUUCAAUACAUAUAUUCAAAAAGCAAAGAAAGUUUUUUUGGAUGGUAGAUCAAGAAGAAAUAUGAAUGCACUCAAUAGCCAAUUACAAGAUGUGCAGAGAAUUAUGGUUCAAAAUAUAGAUGAUGUUUUGCAGAGGGGUACAGUUCUUUCAGAACUAGACACAAAGACACAAAAUUUGUCCAUGUUAUCACAAAAAUAUAAAAAGGAUGCAACUUACUUAAAUAGUAAGUCUAUGUAUGUAAAAGCUGUGGCUGGACUCGUUGCAUUUUUAGUCUUCCUGUUAUAUUUUUUUAUUCUUUAGUUCUUCAAUUUAUUUGAUAUAUUAAUUAUUAUCUAAAAUCUGGUUUUUAUCAUUAUUAUUCCCGAUAUUGUUUUUUUUUUUUUGGGUGUAGCAAAUAUUUUUUUCUGCGAAUUUACUUUUCCAUAUGAUAUAUUUAAAUGUUAAGUCUAUUUAAAAUUAAAAAUGAUGUACAUAUAUUGUAUUCAGAGAAAUACUAGUCGCAAGGAAUAUAAUAAUAUUGAUAUCGUUCAAGAUAUAACUUUCAUAUAUUAUUAUGCAGUAAAUAUAACAGUUCUUUAUAUAAUUAAUACAUUAUAUUUGGUUUAAUUUAGUAAAAAAAAUAAUAUUAAGUAUUCCAUAAAAAAUAAGACAAUAUAUACAAUCAUUGUUAUUGUUAUAUUAAAAAUUACGUUAUUUUUUUAUUUUAUUUAUAAGCCAAAAAAAUAUUACAUUCAAGAUUGACAUUUUAUCAUAUAUAUAUAUAUAUAUAUAUAUAUAUAUAUAUAUAUAUAUAUAUAUAUAUAUAUGAUAAAAUAAAAUCAUAUAUAUAUAUAUAAUCAUAUAUAUAUAUAUAUAUGAUUUUAUAUAAUUUAUAAAAUUCUUAAUAAUUUACUGUUUAAAAAACAGUAAAAUAAAAUAAAUUUAUUCCUGUGAUUUUAUUAUUCUCUGAAAUCUAAAAAUAUUAAAUAUAUGUGUUUAUGUAUUUACAUUUUUGGAUGUGGAAUCAAUGACUCAUUAAUAUUAUUCUAUUUAUAUAUAAUUCAGUUGUAUUAAUCAAUUGAAAUGUUGUAUUUAUAUAAUAAAAAGAAUUGAAUUUGUAUAUUAAUUCGAAUUAAAAAGGAAAAA